GCGGCGACGGCGGCAGUCGUUGUUGUUGUUGUGGUGUCGACGUCACGAGGGGCCCUGCAGCCGACGUGGUGGGUUGGGCCGAUGUUUUGGAGCUGCUGCACUACCCGUUUGGGGCGAGCUGAAGAAGGCAGGGGCAGAUACUACAGUUGGGAAUUAUAUGUGUGGAAUAUACAGUAGUUAUUCUUUGGAUGACAGUUGGGCUUUUCCCCCCAUCUAAAGUUGCUAACUUUUUUUGUGAUUAACUGUUUUUUGAGACUCAGUGCUUUGUUGAAAGAAAAACAAUCAAAUCCCUUUACUUUGGCUCUUUGGACAUACUCUGCUAAUGUUUUCAAAGUAUUAAUUUAACUUGAAUAUCAUCAUGGGAGGAGCUGUGAGUGCUGGGGAAGACAAUGAUGAUUUAAUUGACAACUUAAAAGAAGCUCACUAUAUUCGUACUGAAAGAGUGGAGCAAGCAUUCAGAGCUAUCGAUCGAGGGGAUUACUAUUUGGAAGGUUACAGGGACAGUGCUUAUAAAGACUUAGCUUGGAAGCAUGGAAACAUUCAUUUAUCAGCACCUUGCAUUUAUUCUGAAGUAAUGGAAGCAUUGAAACUUCAACCAGGAUUGUCUUUUCUUAACCUGGGAAGUGGAACCGGAUAUUUGAGUACAAUGGUGGGCUUAAUUUUAGGUCCUUUUGGAAUAAAUCACGGAAUUGAGCUUCACUCAGAUGUGGUGGAAUAUGCCAAGGAAAAACUUGAGAGCUUCAUCAAAAAUAGUGAUAGCUUUGAUAAAUUUGAAUUCUGUGAACCAGCAUUUGUGGUUGGUAACUGCCUCGAGAUAGCAUCUGAUAGUCAUCAGUAUGACCGGAUUUAUUGUGGAGCUGGUGUCCAGAAAGACCAUGAAAACUACAUGAAAAUAUUAUUGAAAGUGGGAGGUAUUCUAGUCAUGCCUAUAGAAGAUCAGUUAACUCAGAUUAUGCGAACUGGGCAAAAUACCUGGGAAAGUAAAAACAUCCUUGCUGUUUCGUUUGCUCCAUUAAUACAACCAAAUAGGAAUGAUAAUAGCAAACCAGAUUCAGUGGGAUUACCUCCAUGUGCUGUCAGGAAUCUACAAGACUUGGCUAGGAUUUACAUUCGACGUACACUUAGAAACUUCAUAAAUGAUGAAAUGCAAGCCAAGGGUAUUUCUCAGAAGGCUCCUCCCAAAAGAAAAAGGAAGAGAGUUAAACAGAGAAUUAACACAUAUGUAUUUGUGGGCAAUCAACUUAUCCCUCAGCCUAUAGACAGUGAUGAUGAGGAAAAAAUGGAAGAAGACCAUAAAGAAGAGGAAGAAAAAGACCACAGUGAAGCCUUGAAGCCAGAGGAACCCCCUCAAAAUCUAUUGAGAGAGAAAAUCAUGAGACUACCCCUCCCUGAAUCUUUAAAAGCAUACUUGACAUACUUUAGGGAUAAAUAACUCCUGUGAAGUAGAAAGGAUGCCUACUGAUAAUUCCUUUAUUCUUGAAAAUGUAGCAUUUGUUAAAAAGAAAUCAACAGAUACAAUUAUGUCUUUCAGUAAGACAGAUUUACAGUGAAAAAGCAAAGCCAAUUUCUGUCUUAUAAGAAGACUUAGAUUUAACAGUAAAAGUCCCUUUUAUAAAAAUCUAUUUUUCUUUAAAUUUUGAAAAAUGCUCUUUUAACCCAGAAAGAUUCCAAACUAAUCAAGAUUUUGUGCAUGAUUUAAAAAAAACAACAACAAAACAGAACAACAAAAAAAGAAACCUAACAGAUUUGUAUUGGGUGAAGGGCAGAUGAAAUUUUUUUAUGUGGUUAUGUAAUAAUUUGUUUAUGUAUUCUGGUUUGAAUGGCUAUUGACAUUUUUUUCUAGGAAAGAUUUUAAAACAUGAAGAACUACUUCUAAUAGUGACAGCAAACUCUUUGUAGACUUAUUUACUAAACUUUUGUUGCAAUCAUUGCUGGGUUAUUAUAGAUGUAUUCUGGGUAAUACAUAUGUGCAAUAACAGUACAGAUACUGAAUAAGUUGGCUUUAAUAAAAUUCAACGUCUCUGGUAAUCAGAGAGCCCUGCUACUUCUGCAUUUGUAGCUACUGCCAAAAGAUGUAGGGGGUGGUAAAUUACUGUUUCUCUCAUAGAGACAACUUAAGGGAACAUCAUGCUAAUAUUAAAGCAAAUAUAGAGUUAAUACAGCUCUUAAUUUGCAUGAAUAUGCUACAGUUUCAGUCUAAAUGAGGAGAUCCAAUUCUUGGGAAAUUUUAAUAGAUUAUAUUGUUCUUUUUCAUUUAGUUAUUACAUUUGGCAAAAAGGUCAUUGUUAUAAACUUAAUAUUUUAUUAGACUAGGAAAUGAAGAAACAUUAGGUAUUCUUUGUUGGAUCGUUGUAAUAGCAGGGUCUAUUAGGUUUAUUAAGCAGAUGCACUUUAGUAAAUGGAAAUUAAACUUCUGAGUUUUUUUCUUUUACAAGGUAGGGCUAUGUGGGUAUGUGGGCGUAUAUAUGCUUCUGGACACAAUUUUCAAGUAUAAAACCAUUUUCACCAAGAUCUUAAUACGUUUUGUUUUUUUCCUUUUUUUGACUUUUGUGUGUAUGUUCCUGAGUGCAAAUUUAGUUUGUCAUAGGAUAACUUGGGACCUACAGUGUGCUCAUUGGACCCCUUUCCUUUUAUUCUCAUUUGUUUGGGACAGUUAUUGGAAUUUUCACCUUAGCUUUAUGGAUUGCUCUUUUUUUUAAAGCCUGCCUAAUGUUUGAAUCUUAGUUGUAGCAUAUCAGAGAAAAAUUAGUUAGAAAAUUUAGUAAAAUAUGUUGUAAAAGCCACUAUGAAAAGAAGUAUUUUGUAUAUUGGGCCCAAUGGAAGUCAUUCCUUAGCAAGAAAACUUGCAUGUAAAAUAAUUACUACUGAAAUAAUAGUAUUACAUCAAUUAUAUUUUUAAAUAAUGAAACAGUACAUUGCCCUGUUAUUACCACCAGCAGAAAUCACAAUUAAAAUAUGUACUGAUUGCAUUUGCUCAAGGAAACUAGUCAUGAUAUAACAGGUUUAUUAUCUGUCUGUGAAGAUUCAAACAUUAGUAGUAACAGAUAAAUAUACAAAUAUAGCUCUACUGUACAUAAUCUAAAAUUAAGUAUGUAGAGUAUUUUAAGUUUCACUUGCCUAAUUCACUAGUUUCACAUGCUAUAAAUAAGAGUGUCUUAGCGAUACUUAAAGGUAAUUUCCCAAAAGGUCUGUAUUUUGUAUCUCUGAGGGAAUAUAGAUCUUCAUGGUCUUUCAACAAAAAUGAAUAAACUACAUAACUGCUAUUGAAAAAUAAUCUAGUAAAUUUUAUUUACUGGAAUUACAAUUGUAGUUUUUUUUAAAAGGCAGUUGCAUCUAGUUUUUAUAAGUAGAAGUAUUAGGGUAAAUUUUGAAAUAUUAGUUACCAGGAGCAUUUGUCUUUUGAUUUGGGUAUUUUGUUUCUGAUAAAGUUUAAUCUUAACUUCCAGUUACCCACCUAUUCUCUAGAUUUGUGGGGAAAUUUACAUUUUGUUACUUAUCUUUCUUUUGGAGCCUGAAGCCAAUAUGUAAAAGUACAAAGAUGUUCAUUUUAAUGAUUCACCUCUUUAAGAAGAAAGCAAGCUUUCUUUUAAGAUGCAUGUGAAGACUGACUUUCUUUCAUUGCAUUUCAUUCUGUUGUAUACUUGAUAAGAUGGACAAUAGAUAAGCAAGAUCAGUAUUUCAUGUUUGUCAUUGAAAUGGUGUUUUUUUUGUUUUUAAAGGUGCAUUCAUUUUACAUUUGCGAAUUUAUUAUUGCCUUUAAAUAAAGACUUAGAAAUAAAAUAUUAAAAUUUAAAUGAUCUUUUGCAUUUGUUAAUAGACUGAAUUGUAAUAAAAAUUUUUUGUGGUUUGUGCUUAA